AUGGCUACUACAGUCCCCCGCUACCGAUGUCUAAACGGCCAUCCAUGGUCUUCUCCGUUCAGAGUCUUCCUUCCUGCGACCUCGACAUCGGCCUCGAUUGCAACGCGGACAUUCGCCACCACGACUGAUGACCUCCCCACCAGCAAGCCACGAGUACGUGCGACCACAUUCGCCGACAAGCUCAAUGCUGGGCCUUCCUUCUCCGACUUUGUGUCAGGGAAGGAGCCGCCAUUGGAACCCUCGGAAGCAUACGCCUUGAAGACUGCCCUCGUAGGCCCCAAGGGCAAGCAGAAAAAAAUCACCCGCCUGCCCUCGUGGCUGAAGACGCCGAUCCCGGACAGCUCCUCGUACAAGAAGAUCAAAAAUGACUUGCGCGGCCUGAACCUACACACUGUGUGCGAGGAGGCUCGGUGUCCCAAUAUCUCAGACUGCUGGGGAGGGAGCAGCAAGUCCGCGGCCACGGCGACCAUCAUGUUGAUGGGCGAUACGUGCACCCGGGGUUGUCGUUUCUGCAGUGUCAAGACGUCAAAGGCUCCUCCUCCGUUGGAUCCGCAUGAGCCAGAACAUACGGCUGAAGCGCUUUCGCGGUGGGGUCUAGGCUACGUCGUUCUGACAAGUGUUGACCGAGACGAUCUGGCGGAUGGAGGAGCGCACCACUUUGCAGAGACGGUGCGCAAAAUAAAAUCCAAGGCGCCCGCUAUUCUGGUCGAGUGUCUUACCGGCGACUACGCGGGGGAUUUGGACAUGGUCAAACUUGUUGCGACGUCAGGAUUGGAUGUGUAUGCGCACAACGUUGAGACUGUCGAGGCAUUGACGCCUCAGGUGCGCGACCGCCGAGCAACAUUCCGGCAAUCGCUCAGCGUGUUAAAAGCCGCCAAAGCAGCACAACCAGGUCUCAUCACCAAGACAUCCAUCAUGCUGGGCCUGGGCGAGACCGAGGACCAACUGUGGGCUGCGCUGCGAGAAUUGCGCGCCGUCGACGUCGACGUGGUCACAUUUGGCCAAUAUAUGCGUCCCACAAAGAGACACAUGCCCGUGCAUGAGUACGUGACGCCGGACGUCUUUGAGCAGUGGCGCGUGCGGGCGCUGGAAAUGGGUUUCUUGUACGUGGCGAGCGGCCCGCUGGUGCGGAGCAGUUACAAGGCCGGGGAAGCAUUUAUCGAGAAUGUCCUGAAGAAGAGGAGAGCUGGCAGGGGAGAGACGGCGACCGCCGAUUUGGCGGGCGAUAUAGACGUGAAGGAGGUGCAGAUUGGGAAGCUUUGA